AUGCAAAAACCUCCAAGGAACAUUGAAGAAUUCUUAAAGUUUCAAAAUUGGGAUUACUGGCCAAGGGAAAUCCAUUUUGGAAAUAGUGAUGAAUGGUUACACACUGUGAAAAAAAUAAAAGAAGAUAGUUCAUUUACUUCAAUUUAUACACAUCUGUGGGGAACAGUCCCUCGAAUACAUGAGGCAGUCAUGGCCAUGGAGUCAAGAUUAGGGGAAUGUUCAGUCCUUUUGAAAAGCCAUGCCUCUAAAAUAUUUGAGUGGAAGAGCAUAACUUUUGAUAGAGGUUCUAAAGGAAAUUUGGAAAGAUACAAAACAUUUCUAAGGAAGUACCAUAGGAGAAAGAAGAUAAUGCUUUCAGAUGAAAUGGAGACAAAGAAGACUGUAGAGGGUUUCACCUUCUCAGGAUUCAAAACAAAUGAGCUUACUCAGCUACCCAGACAUUUGGAUGCUGAACAAAUUUAUCUUUUUAUUUUAAAAGCCCAUAACUUUGAUGAAAAGGUUUUCAAAAUCUGGAAGACUCAUUUUCUCUCAGAAGCCUCUAUUGCUCUUUUACAUGAUUCCUUUUGGUGGUGGUUUCUGCAUAAAUUUAAGCCUGACAGAGAGAAUCAAGAUUCCUUGUUUGACAGAAUUUCAGAAAGUUAUGUGAUACUUUUCAUGAACAUCCCUGCAAGUCGAAAAGAUGCAUUCCUUCAGGUGUAUCCGGAUUGUUUGUCACAGGCCAUCUAUGCAACAUUCCAGGAAGCAUUUCCAGAAUCCAGUAAUCUUUUUAAUGAUGAAUUUAAAGAAGAACUAGGGAAUAACAUUUUUCUUUGGUUGUCAGGUUUAAAACCUCAAAAAGGGUUUUGGACUCACUGGAAUCUAAAAGAUCUCACAACAACAACCAUUCAUGGUACUAAGAAAGCACCUUCAACAUCUGUAAAGGACAGGAUUAAAAAGAGUCAGACACGUAUAACGGCUGCUAUUGACUUCAAUAUGACAAAAAUUUUAAAGAACCCAAGAGCAUAUACAAUGCCCCCAUUCAAGGAAGAAUCAAGUGUAUCAAGACUAACAACAAAGUCCCAUUAUAUUAGCACUGGUCCAGAGUUUAACCGUGUGCUUUUCAAUUUUGGAGGUCGGAGUCCACUGAUUUUAUAUUACCUUAAGAUGCAUGAGUUAGCUGGUAUUUCCAAAGCCCCUAGACAAACCAAGAUCAAACUUACUGAAAUAUCGCAAGAACCACCACCUGCUCCAACUUACCGUGAUAUUAUCAAAGAGGCAAAAAGACAAUUUGCAAGGAACCAAAAGGAAUUUCGAAUGGAAAAGCACAGAAUUAACGAAGAAAUAAAACUCCUAAGACAGCGGCAGGAAAGAAUUGACAAGGAGCUUGAUAGACUCCAGGCAAAGGCUGCCAAAAAACCUUACGAAGUUAAGAAUGACUUUGAGAACUUUCUCCAUAAACUGCGUUCUGAAGCUCGAAACAAGAGGGAGUUUCUGGCAUCUCGCUCAUCAUCAUCAUCAACAGACGACUACAACUAUGAAGAAGAAGAAUGUCAAGAGAAACCAGAAAUGAACUAUGUUUAAGAAUACAGCAUACAAUGC